AUGGCAAACUUUGGACUAAAAACAGCAAAAGAGGAUGUAACUGCAUCCGUUUAUUCCGAGAAGAUGACAUGCGUUUGUGCUGUGUACAAGAUCAUUAACAAGUUUUACCUCUGGUAACUCUACACUUUCGGUUUCGGAAAGGUUUAUUUCAUUUACACCUGCUAACAUGAUUUUCAAACUUCGGCAUUUCUUCCCCCAACGAUAUCCUUAUUGGCGAGGUGACAUCGGAUUAGUAAGGUGACGUAUCAUUCAAAAAGCGGAGUGUAUGGUUACAUGCCCCGAACUGGAGAUACACUGGACAGCCUUGAAGAAUCGGCAAUAAAACAACGUCAAGAGCUGUGUAAUAUUUAUAGAUUCGUUCAGGCUUACCGUCAACAUGGUCACAAAAAUGCUGUACUUGAUCCAUUGGGAUUGAAACAGGGAAAAACUGUGGUUGUAUUAAAUGCUGAGAGAUAUGGGUUGAGAAACUCAGAUGCUGAUAAAACGAUUGAUGCCAGUGGCAUCUUCUCUGGUGUAUCAGGGCCCUGUCUCUUCUCGAAUUUAUACCAAUCAUUACAAAAGGAAUAUUGUGGAUCUCUUACAGCAGAGUUUGAGCAUUUAUCAAGUGAAAAUGAAAGGGAAUGGUUUGCGCAGAUGUUUGAGACAAAAAAUCAGCUGGAAUUUGCACCAGAAAGAAAGAUUAAAGUCGGCAAUUUAUUACUGAAAACGUUAGCGUUCGACAAUUUUCUGGCAUCAAAAUUCACAACACUGAAGCGCUAUGGGGGAGAAGGUGCGGAGGGCAUGAUGGGGUUCUUUGAUGAAGUCUUCAACAAAAGCUGUGAAGAGGGUGUUACAAAUGUUGUAAUUGGAAUGCCGCAUCGCGGGCGUCUAAGCUUCUUGGCUGUAAUGUUGAACUAUCCGGUGGCAACCAUGUUUAGGAAGAUCAAGGGACUAAGUGAAUUUCCACCGGGUGUUCAAGGAACUGGCGAUGUUCUAAGCCACCUGUACAACUCGGUGAACUUGGAUUACCAUGGCUGCAGUCUACAUGUGUCUUUCCUACCCAAUCCAUCCCACCUGGAUGCAGUCUCACCUGUAGCUGUGGGCAAAGCCAGGGCCAAACAGCAGACCGUGAGGACUGGAGAGUAUAGCGAGGAUCCCUCUUCUCCGUCUGACAAGGCCGUCUGCGUACAAGUCCGGGAUGGCUCAUUCUCUGGCCAAGGAGUUAUCGCUGAGACAUUUAGUUUUGCUAACUGUCCACAUUUCUCCGUGAAUGGUAGCGUGCAUCUAAUUGUGAAUAAUCAGCUGGGAUAUACCACAGAGGAACACUAUGGCAGAUCAUCUUUGUACUGCUCGGAUGUGGCUAAAAGAAUGCCCUGCCCCGUGCUUCAUGUAAAUGGAGAAUCUCCAGAGGAUGUGCUCAAGGCCACAUCUAUAGCUAUGGCUUACCGGCUGAGAUUUAAAAAGGACGUGAUCAUUGAACUGGUGUGCUACAGAAAAUCUGGUCACAACGAAAUGGAUGAACCAUCAUUCACACAGCCACUUAUGUACGGUGCUAUAAGAGGCAGGAAAAGUGUGCCUGAUUUGUAUGCAGAUCAACUAGUCUCCGAAGGAUUGUGUUCUAAGGAAGACCUGCUGAAAAAUGUAAGUGAGUGGAACAAUAUGCUGGUACAUGAGUUCAGCCAGCUUGGAAACCCAGUAAAACAGUAUCACCUCCUUGGUCAGUGGUCAGAUUGUGUUCAGGCCUCUGACCAGUUGACGACAUGGGACACUGGGGUAGAUGAAUCCCUGCUUAAGUACAUCGGUGCCAAGUCUGUAGAGCUUCCUCCAUCCUUUAGCGUGCACCCAACUAUUCAGAAGACUCAUAUAGAUAGGAGACGCCAGAAACUUGAAGAAGGGGCAAACCUUGACUGGUCAACAGGGGAAGCACUGGCUAUUGGCUCUCUGCUCUGUCAAGGGUUCAAUGUGCGUAUCAGCGGCCAGGAUGUGGGGAGGGGCACCUUCAGUCAGAGGCAUACCAUGCUCGUUGAUCAGUCCACUGAUGAAAUAUGCAUUCCUCUCAACAACACAAUUCCAGACCAGAAGGGUUUCUUGGAAAUGGCAAACAGUGUUCUCUCAGAGGAAGCUGUGUUGGGCUUUGAGUAUGGGAUGAGUUUAGAAAGCCCCAACAACCUUGUUAUCUGGGAAGCUCAGUUUGGGGAUUUCUUCAAUGGUGCCCAGAUCAUGAUAGACACCUUUAUAACGUCAGGUGAGAACAAAUGGCUGCUACAGAGUGGGAUCGUGAUGUUGCUGCCACAUGGUUAUGAUGGUGCAGGGCCAGAACACACAUCCUGCCGUAUGGAGAGGUUUUUACAGAUGACAGAUAGUGAAGAGGACGGGGUAGAUGGAGAUAAUGUGAAUUUCCAGGUAGCUAAUCCAUCCACUCCAGCCCAGUACUUCCACCUCCUUCGUCAGCAAGUUGUACGAAAUUACAGAAAGCCUUUGGUGAUGGUCGCCCCGAAGAUUCUGCUACGUUAUCCUGCCGCUGUCUCCACACUGGCCGACAUGUCUCCUGGCACCUCCUUCUCACAUGUUCUAGGAGACCCUCAUGUGACUCCCAGUCAGGUCAAACGUCUCAUCUUCUGCUCAGGGAAGCACUAUUACACCUUACUCAAGGAGCGAGAGGCACGAGGAAGGGAAGACAUUGCCUUUGUCAGACUGGAGUCACUGUGUCCCUUCCCUGCUGCUGCCCUGCAGAAAGAGGUCAGUAAAUACCCUAAAGCUUCAGAGUUCAUGUGGAGUCAAGAGGAACAGCGCAACAUGGGUGCCUGGUCAUUUAUCAAUCCUCGCUUUCAGAACAUCGUGGGAGUAAAACUGAUGUAUGCUGGCAGGGGAGUUCUCGGCCUGCCUGCUGUAGGCAUUGGUGAAAUUCAUCAGAAAGAAAAUCAGGAAAUACUUGAUCAGACAUUUGAUUAAUCAGUUAGAGGGUUUUUUUAUGCAUUAUUUUGAGGUCACUUUAAAUAUGCCAGUAUGUCGGUAUAUUUCAUUCACAUUUACAUGGAGCAUACAAGUAAUACUUAAGUAAAAUACAAUGAGUAAUAGUGAUGAGUGACUCAGAUUGUGUGUACAUAUCCAAUGUAUAAGUUUUUGUGCAAAAAAAAAAAAAAGAAACCACAAGUGCUAUUCCAUUUUUAAAAAGCUUUAUCAACUGGAUCAGUAUUUUGUGAUUGAUUCCCCUGCAUGUCAGAGGCCAAGUAUUUGUCAGCCUGGUGGUUGUGAUGUUAUCAUCUCGUGUCUUGAGAUUGAUGUUCCAGUGAGGCAGCACUUUAAAUAUGCAAUUGGUCAAGCAAGUCGUUAAGGACAUCCACAACAGGUGAGCAGAAAUUCUGUCGUCCACCAUGGUAGAACAUGGUGCUAACUGAAUAGCAUUGGACACUCCAGUUUCAUGAAUCUCAAAGUACCCCUACAUAUAGAUGCAUGUAAAACGAUAGAAAAUGUGCCAGACACUCUAUAUAGAUACAAAUACCAUUGUAAGUAUAAAAAUAGCUGGAUACAAAUGCAUAGAGCCAUUUCAAAUCUACCAGAAAGUGCUUGGUGAAAUCCAACUCUUAAGUAACAAUCCAGCUAUUUAAAUUUCUGACAUUUAAAUAUGAAUUAAUAUCAAUUACAAUAGUCAAUUUACCUCUCAAAGAACAACGGCAGACUCCAGUGCUGCUGCAAGCAAGAAACACCACUAAGAACGACAAGAGGCAUGUUUGUCUUUUUCACUUUUUAUUCUUCCAGUGAACUACAAUGUCAUAAAUCUGGGUUUUCUAAUAAUAAAAAACUGGAAAAGAACAGGGAACCAGCUUAUUUUCUUUUUGCCUUGUCUGUAAAACUAAAUAUCCUGCAUUUUAAUCGGCAUUAAUGUCUGAAAUGAUCAAAUUCAGGGAUGUUUCUUCUCCGAUAUUAUGAAUUUGUUGUGUUUUUCACAUAUAUGUAUUUUGUUCUUUACGUAUAUUUUAUGUAUUUGAAAUUGAUUUUCAUCCAGAGAUUUGGGUUGUUUACUUACCUAGUUGGCUAUAUCCUAGAAACCCUAUUAGGUAUUCAUUUAACAGAUGAAUUUGUUAGACAACUGAAUUUAUGGAGAGAUUUCAAUAAGUGGUCCAGAAGUGUAUCUUUCACCUGAAAAAGAGCAUUUUUAGAGGUAAAACAUUAUCAUAAAAUUGUACUUUUGGUGCUGAGGCUUACAACUUUCCAAUAGGAUAUCAUGCUGCCUUCCAAAAAAACCCUUGAAACACCUUUACAAGAUUAUUAGAACUCGCAGAAUCUGGCAAAAUGUGCAACAUAGUCUCGGGUGAAAUCUUCAGUUAUUUACCACAUCUGAAUGCUUGUUGAUUCUAGGUUGCUUUCAAGUCAACACAGAGAGACUGUAUGUUCUGAGUGUCAGUUUCUGUAAUAGAGAUAUCAGAAGCAUAUGUAACAUGUAUAGCCCAGACUCAAUGCGCAUGGUUGUGGGUUUCCCAGAGUUCUGCCCAGCUUCCUCACACCAUAAUGCUGGCCACCAUCGUGGAAGUGAAAUAUUUGUGAGUGCAGUGUAAAACACAAGUCAAAUAAAUCAAAAUAU